AUGUCUUCUUCUUCCUCCUCCUCUGCCAAGAAGCAGCACCAGGUUGUGCAUCUCCCCAAGGAACACAAAUUUGCCAUCACCUUCGAAGAUGGAGACCAAGCGUUGCUCGAGUAUGAGGAGCGGGAGGGCGGCAAGGUGUGGGACUUCGUGCACACCUUUACGCCACCGGCCAAGCGUGGCCAGGGUCUCGCUGCCCAAGUCGUCAACGGAGCGAUGGAGCAUGUGAAGCGGGAGGGCAAGGUGAAGGUGGUGGCCUCGUGCUGGUACGUGCGCGACGACUUCCUACCGCGCCACCCCGAGUACGCCGACUGUCUUCUGGCCGACCACUCCGCCAAGAUGUGA